GCAGACUAGGUUUAUAAAGCAUUUCCUGAGACAAGGCUGAGAAAAACCGCAUGGUGGUGCCUCUCUCCGGCGGACAGUCUACAGCGGUCUUCUGAUUGCAGCCAGCAGGGAGGCUCUGGGACCACUUUCAGCAGCUGACCCUACAGACGGGUAACUACUGUCUCUCACUUCCAGGGUUGGGCUUCUAGACCAGGCCAUGGCACUCCUAUGGCUCCUCUCUGUGUGGUUGCUGGUUCCAGGGACUCAAGGUACAGAAGAUGGGGACAUGCGUCUGGUUAACGGGGCCUCAGCCAACGAAGGCCGCGUGGAGAUCUUCUACAGAGGCCAAUGGGGGACAGUGUGUGACAACCUCUGGAACAUUUUAGAUGCCAACGUCGUCUGCCGAGCCCUGGGCUAUGAGAACGCCACUCGGGCGCUGGGCAGAGCUGCCUUUGGACCAGGAAGGGGACCCGUCAUGCUGGACGAGGUGGAGUGCACAGGGACAGAGCCCUCGCUGGCCAACUGCAGCUCCCUGGGUUGGCUGAAGAGCCGCUGCGGGCAUGAGAAGGAUGCAGGCGUCAUCUGCUCUAACGAAACCAGUGGUGUCCACGUCCUGGACCUCUCUGGAGAUCUCCCAGAUGCGCUGGGCCGGAUCUUUGACAGUCAGCAGGACUGCGACCUGUUCAUCCAGGUGACAGGGGAGGGGCAUGGAGAUCUGACCCUCUGUGUCCACAAGCUGAUCCUGAACACCAACCCGGAGGCCCAGGCCCUGCAGCAGGCAGUGGGCAGAAGUGUCCUCAUGAGAGUGGAUGCGGAGUGCAUGCCUGUGGUCAGAGACUUCCUCAGGUACUUUUACACCCGAAGAAUCGAGGUCACCAUGUCCUCUGUCAAGUGCUUGCACAAGCUAGCCUCAGCUUAUGAGGCCACACAGCUUCGAGACUACUGCGGACGGCUCUUCGCCACCCUCCUCCCCCAGGACCCCAGUUUCCACACGCCCCUGGACCUCUAUGCCUAUGCACAGGCCACCCGGGACUCUGUGCUGGAAGAACUGUGCGUACAGUUCCUGGCCUGGAACUUUGAGCCUCUGACGCAGGCUGAGGCCUGGCUGACCGUUCCCACCGCCUUGCUCCAGGCUCUCCUCUCCAACAGUGAGCUGGCCGUGUCUAGCGAGCUGGACUUGCUGAAGGCAGUGGAUCAGUGGAGCAGAGAAAGUGGCAUCUCCCACGAGGACGUAGAGCGCCUGGUGGAGAAGGUCCGAUUCCCUAUGAUGCUGCCCCAGGAGCUGUUUGAGCUGCAGUUCAACCUGUCCUUGUACCAGGGUCACCAGGCGCUGUUCCAAAGGAAGAUCAUGCAGGCCCUGGAGUUCCACACCGUGCCUUUCUCAGUGCUGAUCAGGUACAGAGGCUUCAACCUCACCGAGGACAUCUACAAGCCCCGGCUUUAUACCUCCUCAACCUGGAGUGCCUUCGUGACAGCCCGGUCCUCAAGGUCACGGGACGUCCAAAUGUAUAACUACCGUCAAUACUACUCAUACGGUUAUGGCUCAAGAGGCCAGUACAGCUCCUACCAGUCCUUCCAGACCCCACAGCACCCCAGCUUUCUUUUCAGGGACAGGCUGGUCUCCUGGUCAGCCUACUACCUCCCCACUGUCCAGAGCUGCUGGAACUAUGGCUUCUCUUGCACCCCUGACGAGCUCCCUGUGAUGGGCCUCACCAAGUCCGCCUACUCCGAUUCUAGCAUUGACUACGAAAACAAGGUGCUGAUGCUGUGUGGAGGGUACAGUGUGGUGGAUGUCACCAACUUUGAAGGCUCCAAGGCCCCUAUCCCCAGUGCCCUGGACACCAAUAGUUCCAAGAUCUCCUCCCUCUUUCCCUGCACCUCAGGGGCCUUCAGCAGCUUCCGUGUGGUCAUUCGCCCCUUCUACCUGACUAAUGCCACUGACUUGGAGUAGGUGGUCGAUGGAGACCACCAUGUGUCCCCUCCUUAACCCCUUCCAGCAGCCCGCCACCAGAUCUUCCCCAGUUUCCACUCUAUGAGCUUUAAAUUUUUACUAGAUUUCAGGCAGCACUCGCUCCAGAGCUGAGCCCCCAAGGCUCCCAUUGCAGGUACAAGCAUGUUCUGUGAGGUCCUGCGGGAUUUCUGAUGCCCACUGCAGCAGCUCAGUCCAUCACUGUCACUAAUCAGAAAUCAUUAAAGUCACAUG